AUGGGGCCAUUCCAAGAAUACAAGGUGAAGAAGUCAUUUGGAAAGGACAGCACUCGUAGCCGCAUCCCCCGUCUCGUGCGGCAACCUUUGUGUCCUAAGGAUUCGCAGAUUUCUGAGUUUCCAUUGUCUGAGGAUGAAAGCAAAGACUGUGACAUCAGCAGAAACCAGAACAGAACCAUCAGUCGUAACAGCUUCUCAUCAGAUGACACUGGAUGUCCAAGCAGUCAGUGUCCAUCUCCAGCUAAAAUCAGAUCUGGCUCAGACAACAGCUCUCUGGGGUCACCCAUACCAGUAAAGAGCAAGGCCAAGGUCAAGAGGGUCAGAGUCAAUGUGGGGGCUGAGUGUAAUGGCAUUAUACCGAAGCACAAGAGGGACAAGCAACAAUCUUCUAUUCUGCACAGAGGCAGUGAGGCUGACUUCAGCUCCUCCAGCAGCACUGGAAGCUUCAAGAGCCGUGGAACUACAGCGAGCAACUCCACAGGGAAAAAGAACUGCCUUUCACGCAGUCGUGUGCUGCACAUCAGAAACCAGCCUGUGUUUAAGCCUCCAGGAAGCCCUGCUGCUCCCUGUGAUGCAGAACUGUAUGCCCCCUACAAAACACCCCCAAAAAAAUCCCUUUCAUCAUGUACCAACAACUCUUCUAGCCCCACUGUCAGAAGAACCACUCCAGGGAGCUACCAUUCAUGUGGUGACAAUCAUGGCAUCAGACCUCCCAAUCCAGAGCAAUACCUGACCCCUCUACAGCAAAAAGAGGUGACAAUCCGGCAUCUGAAGACCCAGCUCAGUGAGUCUAAGCAAACAAUUUCUGAUCGGGAGUCUGAAAUUCAGGAGUUGAAGUCCCAGCUGGGCCGGAUGCGUGAGGACUGGAUCGAGGAAGAGUGUCACCGUGUGGAGGCUCAGCUGGCUCUCAAGGAGGCACGUAAGGAGAUAAAACAGCUACGGCAAGUAGUUGAAACCAUGAAGAACAGUCUGAUGGAGAAGGAUAAGGGCAUUCAAAAGUACUUCAUUGAUAUCAACAUCCAGAACAGGAAGCUGGAAUCCUUAUUGCAUAGCAUGGAACUGGCGCAAAGCGGUGCCAACCUGCAGGAUGAGCCCACGCUGGACUUCAUAUGUGACUCACCAGAAAAACCCUCUGAAGGGAAGCAGAAAGAAGAGCUUCAGGUUGAGGAUCAGGAAAAGGGAGCAGACAGUGGGCUGCAUAGUAAUGAGAUCGCCAACCAGAGUGAUGUGCUGGAGCAGGUUCUCAUGUCCACAGCUGUGGACUACAGCCAAGAUGGUAGUGCCAUGAACCAGCCAGGGCUGUCCACUCUGACACUGAGUGCUGCUGAGGACACGGUGAUGAGCUCAAAAGAUCAAAUCUACAGUCAAACCACUGCUGAUGAGAAACAUGCUUCUGGUGAAAAGGCAGUCCAAACAGAUGAGAUCUUCUAUAACCCUGAUCUCCAAGCCCUGCUUUUACAUCUGCUGAAGCUUCAAAACACUGGGGUGUCAAGUAUUCUCCAAAAGUCACCCAAAGCAAAGGAAUCCAACUUGCCUCAAGCAGAGGAACCAAUAGAGUUGUCUCCAGCCCAGAAUCCCAACCUGAUUGAGGGGAUGGACCACAUUCCUGAUAAUUCUGCACUUUCUACAUUUCUAAUUCCACAGGACCCUGGUGGUUCAACCCAAAGUUCAGAACCUGAAGCAGAUCCCAGGUUCAUGGAAAAGCUGGAUGUUGGCAUGAAGGAUACUUGCAGCAGUGCUAGUACAGCUGUGGUGGGGAAAAGCCACUGGAGCAACAGCUUCUUGGUUGAUCUGGUUGGUGUGGCAGCACCUGUUAUGCCUACAGUGGCCUGGCUGUACUCUCAGCACCAUGCAGUUGAUGGGGCACCAGUGUACAGCAUUGCGGCUUUAAUCCGUGGCUGUUGCAUCAUGGGAUUGCACUCUCUUCGCCUUGUCACCUAUGGGCCACAUGUGUAA